GACCUGUCAGUCAGAAGAGAAGGAGGGCUCUUCCGGGUGCCGGAUCGCAAGUCCAGCUCUGCAGCUGAGCAGGCUUGAAUGGUUCCGUGUGAUGUGCUCUGUGCGCUGCAGUUUGGUGCGGCGAGGGAGCUCAGGCGAGGUCUGCAGUCACGGCAUGGAUGCAGUGACCUUUAACGAUGUGCAUGUGGACUUCACUUCCGAAGAGUGGACUUUGUUGGAUCCUUCCCAGAAAGGUCUUUACAAAGAUGUGAUGCUGGAGACCUACUGGAACCUCACUGCUAUAGGUUACAGUUUGGAAGACCAUAAUAUUGAAGAACAUUUUCAAAGUUCUAGAAGACACGGAAGACCUGAAAGAAGUCAUACUGAAGAGAAACCCUAUGAAGAUAUGAAGUGUGGUGAAGCCUUUGCACAUUGCAGUAGUCUUCGAGCACAUGAAAGGACACACACUGGAGAGAAACCCUAUGGAUGCAAUCAGUGUGAUAAAGCCUUUGCGUAUCACAGCAGUCUUCGAAUACAUGAAAGGACACACACUGGAGAGAAACUCUACAAAUGUAUUCAAUGUGGCAAAGCUUUUUCAGAUCAGAACACUCUACAAAGACAUAAAAGAACCCACUCGGAAGAGAAACCCUGUAAAUGUAAUCAAUGUGGUAAAGCCUUUGCAUGUCAUAAUAUUCUUCAAAAUCAUGAAAGAACUCACACUGGAAAGAAAACUUACAAAUGUAAUAAAUGUGAUAAGGCCUUUACACAACGCUAUUAUGUGCGAAUCCAUGAAAGAACACACACUGGAGAGAAACCCUAUGGAUGCAAUCAGUGUGGUAAAUCCUUUGCGUGUCUCAGCAGUCUCCGAGUGCAUGAAAGAACACAUACUAGAGAGAAGCCCUACAAAUGUAAUCAGUGUAGUAAAGACUUUGCGAGUCAGAGUCAUCUUAAAAGACAUGAAAGGACACACACUGGAGAGAAACCCUAUGAAUGUAAUCAAUGUGGUAAAGCCUUUUCAAUCCAGGAUACUCUCCGAGUGCAUGAAAGAACACAUACUGGAGAGAAACCCUUUGAAUGUAACCAGUGCGGUAAAACCUUUAAACUACACAGUCAACUUCGAAUACAUAAAAGAGUACACACUGGAGAGAAACCCCAUGAAUGUGAUCAGUGUGGUAAAACCUUCGCAUGUCCCAGUAGUUUCCAAAAACACAAAAGAAUACAUUCUGGAGAGAAACCCUAUGGAUGCAAUCAGUGUGAUAAAGCCUUUGCAAUUCACAGUAGACUUCGAAAACAUGAAAGAACACAUACUGGAGAGAAACCCUUCAAAUGUAAUCAAUGUGGUAAAACCUUUUCACAGUCCAAUAGUCUUCAAGUACAUAAAAGAACACAUACUGGAGAGAAACCCUAUGAAUGUAAUCAAUGUGGUAAGGCCUUUCCGUAUGACAGCAGUCUCCGGGUGCAUGAGAGAACCCAUACUGGUGUGAAGCCUUACGAAUGUAACCAGUGUGGCAAAGCCUUUGGCUACCACAGUCAUCUCCAAAGGCAUGAAAGGACACACACUGGAGAGAAACCUUAUUAACAUAAGCAAUGUGGGAAAGCCUUUGUAAGUCUCAGCAAACUUCAGAGGCAUAAAUGAAUUCAUCCUGGAGAGAAAUCUCAAGAAUGUAUUUAAUAUGGUGAAGGCGUUAAAUGGUUUUAUAGUCUUCAUCAUCACAAAAGUAUACCAGAGAGAAAUUCUAUGAGUGUAGGCAAUGUGCUGAAGUCUUUAUGUUAUGGAGCCCACUUAGAAAUCCAACACGACACAAAAACCAGGGCUACGGGUAUUCACUAUGUAGUUGAUCUGUGUCCACUGAUGCAGGCAGGAUGUAGGUUUUACAGUCUAAAGAUCAUAUCCAUUUUCUCUUUGUGGUUAACAACAGGUAUUGUGUUUUGGGGUAAAAAAAGAUGAAUAACAGAAACUGUCAUUUGGAACAGUCAAUAUGUUUUGUGAAAUAGGAAAUGUGGUUAGGAACAAUCAUGUUUUGGGAAACAAAAAUGAAUUAUGGAAGCUUAUCAAUUAUUAGGGAGUCUCCAGCUCCCUUAUGUUCUGGGAACUUGAAUUUAGUUUCGCUCUAUGAUUAAAUGAAGUCUUAUAGCAAAAUGGCUGUACUUAGGACAGUUUCUUUUACUUGUUCAUGGUAUUUGCAUAUUACAGUCAUCUUCGAAUUCAUAAAAGUGAGUACCCCUAUAAAUGGAGUCAAUAUUAGGAGGCCUUUUGUCAGAACAGUUAUUUACAAAUAUCUAAAAUAACAUGUCCUGGCAAGAAACCCUACAAAUGUAAUCAAUGUGAUUAAGCACAGUUAUAUGCGACUAGGUAGAAGAACACCUGCCUGAGACGACACUAGGAGGUAAGCAAUGUGGUAAAACCUGUGCGAGUAACUGUGCUCAGGAGAAAAAGCCAUAGUGCAAAGAAACCUGUGAAUGCAGUCAUUGUGGUAAAGCUUUACGUGUUAUGAUCUCUUUAUGCAAUAUUAAAAGCCUUAGUGUGCAAUUAAUCUGUUAAAGGCUUUACACAUCACAGUAGUAUUUAGGGACCUGAAAGAAUUCAUACUAUAGGGGAUCUAUAAGGAUCCUAUAAGAACUGUAGCCAACAUACUUCAGUUGCACAAGAUUAUUCUGAAGAGAACAUCUGACCAGUGUUAACAAUCAAGCAUUAUGGUGUUCCUCUUGAUUUUAUUUGUACUUGUAAAUUCAUAUGCGCAAGUGUAUGAAUGUAAGUGAUAGCCCUUUUAGACUUCACAAUUCUCUUCAAUUACUCAUCCAGAUGUAAAAGUUUACGGGUGUGAACUACUGCCUUUUUUGUUGCUAUAAUAAAACAUUGUGCCUAGGGCAACUUAUAAAAGAGUUUAAUUUGACUUAUGGUUCCAGAGGAUUACGGGAUCACCAUGAAAGUGGCAGUGCAACAAGUGUUGCGCAUGACGCUAAAAGAGGGGGCUUACACCUUACAUCCUCAGUAUGCAGCAGAAUGAGUUAGACCUAGGAAUUGUGUGCAGAUCUAAACUCUCAAGUCAACCGCCAGUGAUAUAUCUCCUUCAGCAGGGCACCAUUUCUUAAAUCUUCACACACACACACCCCCAAAUAAUACCAACCGAGCUACCUUGAUUUCUCUGAUUUCACGCCUAUGUGCUUGCUGUUUCUAUCCAGGAUGAAGAAACACUGUACAUAACCUCUUAGAUGCCUUAACUCCUGAGUUAAAGGAAUGGAUGCUUACAUAAGAAAAACAUUCAUGAGUAAAAAUUAUUUGUUUGAAAUUUUCUUUUUAAUUGUGCAAUAUCUCUCUCUCUCUCUCUCUCUCUCUCUCUCUCUGUGUGUGUGUGUGUGUGUGUGUGUGUGUGUGUGUGUGUGUGUGUGUGUGGAUUCCUUGGAUCCUGUAGGAGGAAUACAGGGAUUUGUCAAUAACCUGACCUUGAUCCCAGGAAUCAACUUGUCUUAACUGCUUCGCCAUAUCUUUAAUCCUGUAAAUGUUUUAAAGACUAUUUCACUUUGAUGGUAGGAAAUAAAGAAUUCAUACAGGAGAAAUGCUGUAUCUAUGUGAGCAAUCUUGUAAAGACUUUAGACAUCAUCGUCUUCAGUUUCAAGGGGAAAAAAAUCUUGCUUCAUUUCUUUUUCAUCAUAGCCGUAACAAAAGCAAAUUGUUUUCCACGUUCACUCAUGUGUAAUGGUGGAGACCACCAGUUGUGGGUGUGGCUUAUACUUUGCAACUCUUGGAGUGGCUAUUGAAGUUUGGUGUAUGUGUGCCAAAUCCACUUACAGAAGUAUGUUAGGCUAUUGUAGUUCUUCUGUGGCUUCUGUUCGUCUUCUACUGCACUGUCACUUGGUAAUAGUAUUUGUCUGGGGCCAUGUAUGAAAUGGGAUCCCUAUUAGCUGAGUGGUUCAUUGUUUAGUAUUAGACACUGUGUUGUCUGUGAAAGGGUGGUGGUUGGUGUGGUGGUUGGUUGUUCAUUGUACAGAGCCAUAUUGGAUUUGGGCCUAGCCGCUUUUUGACUGCAUGGCUCAAAGUGACUAGGUGACUCUGGGCUGUUUGGCCACAGAUAUUCACCCCUAAGAUGACUGCCAUAAGUCUUAAGAUUGUUGGACAGAGGCCUCUCCCAUGAAUUUACGGCACAGGAAGAUAACAUUCAAGGGAUGCCUCAGCUCGAGCAGAUACCAGUUACCUCCUGAGUCAACACCUGGUCCUCAUCAUCGUCUACCGCCUGACCUCUUUGUCUCCAGCUAUCACUGCCUAUAUCCUCAUCUCCCCCUCCUCUGUGUUUCACAAAGGACACUCCCCCUACCUGAAAGCCUUAAAAGUUGUAACGUUCACUCCAAUAAAGGAGACCUUGACAACAGAA